AGUACUUUAACAGUGCAGUAUUAGUACUUUUACUAAAGCAAAGGAUCUGAAUACUUCCUCCAUGACUGCCAAAAUGAAACAUUUUACCCCACUGUACAGGAUGAAGCUCUGGUAGCAUUUACAGACAAAAGUAACAAGCAGGUUACUUAACCGAGCAACAGAUGGGAACAGCUGAGCCUCUGCUGACAUAACAUGACAGAGCGUCAUUACUCAAUGCUAUUCUCCAGACUUUUAUCAUCUUAAAUGCUACUGUUUCUUCAUUUGCGAUGCUAGUAAAUGUGAAAAUUUUCAUUGUCCCUUCCCCUUUACAUCCCUAAACUUUAUGUAUCUUUUUCUGUUUUAUAUAAAAUAUUUUGUCUACAGUAAUAAUCAAGAAAACCCUACAUAUUUAAAGUCCAUUUACAGUCAGUCUUUCAAAGCCAUCUGUGAAUAUACAGAGGUAUAAAAACAGAACUAUAAGAACUUUACAGGGUAUUGAUGAACUUUACAGUUGGUCUUGGGAAUAGUAUCCCAGUCUAGAGAUUUGGGCUGAUUUUAUCACUGUAUUACAAUACUUUCUCAGUAGGUAUGACUCAAAAAAUUUCAUAUUUGCACUUGGAGGUCUUCAUGACACCUUAGUGCCUCAAAUACAGUCAUGUGCUCAUGUAAACAUGCCAUGGACGUGUGACUUGAAGCUCAGGCCAACUCUUUGCCCCCAGCAACUGCCGUUAUGUAUCCCAUUAUAGAGCCCUGCAAACAAUUACAUAAAGCCCACACACUGCUGAAUGCGAUGGUUCAUCAGCUUACAGCGGGGGAUUUUGUUAACUGGAUUAGCAGUAGAUUUAAACUCUGCAUUUAGGUUCAAGAAGUGAAAAUAAUCAGUGAGCCUGUCUGUGCAUCAGAUAUAUAAAGGCUCACACGCCGUCUUCUCACCACAGCUCAGACAAGCCAACAGCUCUGCACUGAAAACUUCCUCCAGCUUCAUUCUACACUUCAGGUAAGAGGAUGCUGUGUUGUGGGGACUAACUGAUGUUUUUGCAAACUAAAUAUGGAGUAGCAAGAGUGACUUUUUGUCCUUUAAAUGACAAAUUAACACAUGCUACACUUUAUUUUGCUUAGAAUGGACUUCCAAAUGUUUGCCCUGGUGAUGUUGUUCCUGGCCUGUGUGGAGCAGGGCCUGGCCUCCUGCGUGGUCGACAGCUUCACAGUCAAAGAAGACUUUGACCCCAAAAGAUAUGAAGGAAAGUGGUACGCUCUGCAGAAGAAAGAUCCCGAGGGUUUGUUCCUGCAGGACAACAUCUCUGCUGAGUACACUAUUGGGGACGAUGGUGCCAUGGUUGCCUCCUCUCGGGGCAGAGUCACUCUCUUCGGGUUCUGGGUUGUGUGCGCUGACAUGGCUGCUCAGUACUCUGUGCCCGACCCCGGCACCCCUGGCAAGAUGUUCAUGAACUACCAGGGCCUGGCCAGCUACCUGUCCAGCGGCGGUGACAACUACUGGGUCAUUGACACAGACUAUGACAACUACGCCCUCACCUAUGCCUGCCGCACCCUGAAGGACGACGGAAGCUGCGAGGACGGAUACUCCCUGGUCUUCUCCCGCAACCCCCGUGGCCUCCCCCCUGCCAUCCAGAGAAUUGUUCGCCAAAAACAGGAGGAAAUCUGCAUGGCCGGAGAGUUCCAGCCUGUGCUGCAGUCUGGUUCGUACUCAGUCUUUCAUAUUCAGUUUCAUAGACAAACAGUGACUAUGUACUUUGACUUGCAUUUAAAGGAUUUAGAUUAUAGACGCCAAAAAUGCCACAUUUUUAACAUCAUUAUAGCGCUUCACUGCACUUUUUCAUGUAGAUUCAACUCUUAGAAAUACAAAAAAAGUCUCAGUUACAUAAGUUACUUAUCAGUCACUAAUCAGUCAUAAGUCAUUAAUUUUUAAGUAAUUUUACUUUGUAUAUUCAGAUUAAAUGUUUCAAGCUCAGUGUUACAUUUUAACAUCUAACAGUUGACCCUCUUCUCUCUGUUCUGAACAGGAGCCUGCUAAACUGCUUAUAAGCUGAAGCUUUUUGAGGAGCCCUUCAUUAUACUGGAUUGAUCAUCAUCCUGCCAAAAACGAAGACAGAGCUCCGCUCAAAGUCACAAAUAUGAGAAUAAUUAUGUCAUGCUUAUGAUCUGCCAUGUCAUAGGAAAGAAUUCUCAGAUAAAUCCAAUUCAGCUCCCCAUAGAAAAAAAAAAUAACAAUGCCAAAAUGAAAAUAUAAUUCCAAAUCAAAUUCACUGAAAACUUCCAGUUGAGUGAAUUCUGAAAUAACCAACUACACAGUAUUGUCACACUGAUGG